AUGCCUUCUCUAGAAGAUAUCUAUGGCGCAAGAGGAACAAGGCAAUCAGACUCUGGCCUUUACACUAUCACAAACACCCCCUGGAUAGCCCAAUACACACAAGAAAAAGCCAUCACCUUCUCAAGGUAAGUCUAACAAGCCCGUCACUACCUCGUUUAAUUUCACUAACCCUCCCCAGAGAAGAUUACUCCAACCUUGUAACCGUAACCAUCGGUCCUCCCUCUAAACCUAUCCAACUAACCUGGCCCCUCAAAAUAUUCUGUCUCAACUCCCUCUUUUUCCGAAGCAUAUUCCUUCCUCCGAUCCCUGUGACUCCCGACACCACACCAACUUACAUCCGCGUACUGCGGGAUAGAUUCCACCAAACAUCUAAUAUUCCAUUUCCCUGCACUUCCACCGCACACAUCGAAGCAUUUUCCAUUUUUGCAUCCUGGAAUACUCAGGGGGAAAUAAAGCAUGCGAAACAAUUUUCUGGUAUCACUAGCGAAGAUGUGCAUCAGCGACUUAAUCAGUAUAGUAUUCUUUGGAAUCAACUAUUAGAAUGUUAUAGACUUUCUCAAUUGCUUAUCGCGCCCAAGUUUGCGAAUAAGAUUAUUGAUACGAUGAUUGAGGCGAUUGGAGAGGAAUGUUCGUGGCAGACUCGACGUAGGAAAUUAGAAGAUGAAGAUGAACAGUUUGCGAUUGAUAGUCUGGGAAGCGAGGAAUAUCAAGCAUUGGCAAAACGAUUAGAUGAGGUUAGUUUGGUGACAGGCGAUGAUGUAUUCAAUCAAACUCAAAGCAGAGCAGAAACUUUAAAUCAACGACCUUCCACUAGUCUUCAGCCUCCAGAUUCGCGUCACGUUUUAGGAGCCACGCCAUUACAAAUCACCAAACUAUACGCAGAUACAAACCCCGGUGCACCAUUACGUCGGAUGAUUGUCGAUAUGAUAAUUUCCUACUCAAUCCGCUUCCCAAAAUACUACGGACAAAAUGGCGGCUUCGGAGAACUACUCGGUGGUUCUGAUCCCGGCACCGCGGAUCAAUUUUGUGUACCGAUGGAAUUUGUCCGAGAUUUAUUAACUGCGUAUGCGAAAGCCAACGGGGUGAAAAAUGAUAGGCGGAUGGAUGAAAAUGGUUGUAAAUAUCAUGAUCAUAAAUAUGGCGGGACGGCUGCUUGUAGCAGGGCUCGUGCAAGGGCGAAUGAUAAUGCGACUUCUAUUGCUGAGGCGGCUGUUAAUGCUCUUGAGGAUACGGGGAAGCCUGAUGUUGUUACGGAGAAUUUUUAG